GAAUAAUAAAGAUUCUAAUUGGUUUUGUGUUAUUGUGAUACGAUGUCUAGGCUGAAAGAAAGGUUGUCAAUCCAUUUUAAGAACACUUUUUUUUUUAGUCUGUGGUUUUAUUUCUAUAUUUUACAAUGGAGAGUCGAGGUAGCGCGAAUAUUCUGUGCUAAAAUUGUGUAAAUUUCUAAUUGAAAACGUAAACAAUUCAUGUUAAUCUUUCUAAGUGACUUAUUUCGUGAAAUGCUCUUGAGUUAUACGUGGUUAUCGUAAAACAAACAAAGUUGUGAAAUGGCGGACGCGGUACCUGUUUGCGAUGUCUUGCGUGAGGCUAUGGAGUAUUUGUCUAAACUCGGUUCAAACUUACGAGUCCGUUCUGAGAGUCUAAAGGAGAAAAGGUUAAGAAAAGAAAAACUUAAGAAUGUGCACGCAGUGCAAAAAGCCGCGGGUAAAGUACUUUUGAUUUGUGAAUUGUCAAAAAAGUCAAUUGAGAAUGUUGAAGUCGGUGUCAAAAAUAUAUUAACACAAAUCGAUGCGUCGCAGGCCUCAGUUGACUGUGAAGGGGAAAGUAUAGAAAAAAGUGAUUUAUCGAAAAGUUCUGUCAAGUACGAGUACUUUCAACAUGGAUCUCGUACAUUAAGAAUACGUGAUAAAGUGAAUAUAAAACAUUACACUUCAGUUAAAGUUCUGGCUAAACCCAUGUCCACAUUGAUGCAAGAACAAUAUCCUGUAUAUUAUAACUGUAGAUUAUAUCACGCAAGAAAAAAAGAACAGAAAGACACACAUGAACCAGAACCUGAUGAUACGAGUAAUGUGAAUAGUAAAUAUAAUAGAAAUGUCAAUGAAAAUUUUAACAAAGAUAAAAGAGAUGAUUUAAGUGAAGAUCACAGUUCAUCCGAAGAUAAAAAGUCAGAUGAGUGUGAUGUCAAUGUUGCAAAAAAAGUUAAAAUUUCAAAUGAUAAAAAAGAUGAAACAUGUAAAAGUUCACAGACAGGAAGUUCAAGAAUAAAAAUAACAGAUAUAAGUAAUGACAAAGACAAUGUUAACAAAAAACCUGUUGGUGAAAAAAGAAAAAAAUUUAAACAUAUAAAAGUGUUUAACAGCUCUGACAGCGAUACUGGGACAAAUGAGAACAUGGAAGUGAGUAAAGAAAAAGUGAAUUCAGACUGUGAUAUAAAUGGACCUGAAAAAGAUGGUAUUGCAAUUAAUAGGGAUGAAAUAAAUAAAAAUGAGAUAGAUGACAGAAAUUUAGAAAAAAAAGAUGGGCAAUUAUCUGUUACAAGUGAAGUAAAUAAUCAAGAUCAUGAAGUUGAUAUAUCAUUUGACACUCAAGAUAUUCCAAGGGAAUCUGAUAAUGUUGAAAGUGUAUUGCUUAAUGAAGUACAGACAGAUAUGCCAAAAGAUAAAGUUAAUGACAUCACUUCAAAAACUGUCGAAUCGAAUGAUUCUGUGAUUGUGGAGGAUAAUGUCGGGGAUAAUAAUAAUUCUGAGGAUAAAAAUGAGACAACUAUUAAAGAUGAUACAAUAGAAUUAGAAGUGAAAACCAAUCAAAAGGAAUCUUCUCCCAAAAUAAGUAUGGACAAGGAAUCUGCACGUACAGUAGAAAAUAAUGAAAGUACUGAUAAUAGUACUGAGAAAGAAGAUUGUCUCCAUAAAGUUGGUGAAGAUGAAACAGAUAAAACAUCUUCCCAAGUUGGUAAACCGCAUCUAGAAAAUGAAAGUAGUCAAAAUUCAACUGAAUCAAGACCAUUAAUAAAAUGCGUCAAUAUAAAUAAAUUAUUGAGAGAAGAUAAAAUACCAAAGACAGUAUCACUGAUUGAAAUAGAUGAUAGUGAUAGUGACAAAGAUUUUAAAAAGAUUAAUCAUAAAGAGAACAGUAAGCCAAAUAAAUGCAAAACCAAAUUAAAGAAAAUUAAAAGAAUUUCAGUAUGUUCUGAUAAGGAUGAAAAUAAAACAGACGAUGAAGAGUACUGGAAACAAAAAAGGAAGGAAGUUAAAUUGUUUAAACCUAAAAAGUUUGUAGUAAAUGUAUCUCUGUUACCCAAGUUCACGACUAAAUAUUUACAUAAAAAUCACUUGAAAAGAAUAACCCAAAAUGGAACUGUUGUGUGUGAAGUAUCAAUAGAUAAAGAAAAAGAAAGUCAAUUGGAAGAUGAUCCUAAAGAAUUAAAUAUAUCAGUAGAGGGUGAAAAUGUAAAAAAUGCUUUGUUGUAUGAAUCAGAUACAGAUAAUGAUGAUCGAUCAAAACAUGCUCUUCUUGACGAUUCAGACUCUGAUAACCACGCUAAAGAUAAACAAAAUGGUUCCCACUCGAUCAAGAACCAGGAAAACAAAUCAGAUAGUAAAAAAGUUAGGUCUAGAAAAAAUAGUAGUAAUAAAAGCAAAAGUAGAAGUAAUACACCACCAUCUACAAAUAAAUUAGAUGAUAAAAAUUUAGAUAACAAUAAAAUAAAAUCUUCACUGCUUAACGAUUCAACUGAUGACUCUAAAACUCCUAAGAAAAAAAGAAAAUCUCUCAGUGAUGAAUUGUCCCCACCACCAUCUAAAAGGAAGCAUAUAAUGGAAAGUAUGCACGCAAAAAAAAUGUUACUAACAUACUCAUCAAGUUCAGACACAGAAGAUGAGCAAUUAAGAAAUGCAUUGAAAGAAAUAAGACAUACUUUACUUAAAGGUAACUCUAGUGAUGAUGACAAUCAUGAAAAUGAAAAAGACUCUGAAAGUUCAUCCAAACAGUGUGCUGUGGAGCCAAACGGGAAGGACAAUGAAAAUUUAGCUACGGAUAAUGAUACAUCUGCUAAAGAUACAAAUAGUCUAGUUGAUGAUAAUACUGAAGAGAAAUCUAAUGCAUGUUCUGAAAAGAUGGGCCGUUCUAAAAGUAGUCCGGGUGAUAGCAGCAGCCUAAAUUCAGAUACUCAAGAAUCAUUAGAAAAAGACAUAGAUAGGUUAACGAAUCUAAAGUCAAUCAUAAAGAAGCAUCGGCGGCGGCGCUCCACUUCUACCGACCGCACUCAGAGCUCUAAUUCCAAUUCGCACAAAAUGCCCAAGGCACCGCAUAUCAGCGAGGAAGGCUUUCUUAAAGCAGAAACGAGUUCCGAUGCAGCGUCUUUGGCGGACAGUGAUGUUGGGGAAGAGGUAGAAAUACCAGCCGUAUCUAUAGGCAGUCUAAACGGGGACGGUAUUGAACAUCUUGCUAGAGACGAGCUGCUAGAAGAGAGUGAUUCAUCUAGCUCUCACAACAAAAGUUCACAGGACGUUAGAAAAGAAAAUGAAACUGAUGAUGAAAACAUUAAAUCGAAACGUCGUAAAGCGAACGCGAUAUCAUCCGACUCGGAGGCGGGUGGCUCGCGUAAGAAGGAUAGGAGAGUGAGUGACUUCGAAGACUCUGACGAUGAGAACUCCGAGCCCGCGAAGAACAAGCGCAAGAAGAAGAAGGGGAGCGAAAGCGACGCCUCUAAUGGAUCUUCAGUUGAAGGAAGCAAAAAGAAACGGCGACGAAUAAAAAAUGUAGAUGAGAGCGAUGGUUCUGGGUCUGAAUCUGAAAAUGAGGGUAGAAACAAGCACGGAAGAAAGAACAUUCGAAAGGUGAUGGGCAAGAAUCAACUUGAAGAGGCGACUAAAAAAGCGGCGCGCGAGGAAAAAGAAAGGAUUGCUCGAAUAGCUGAAAGACAGAAACUGUAUAAUAACUUGGAGUUUGACGAAUCCGGUAAACCAGAUGAAGUAGUUCUAGAUAAAGUGGUUUUAGACUUUGAUCCGGAGACCAAGGAGCCUCUGAUAGAGGUUGAUAAGGGAUUGGUCAAGAAAUUAAAACCCCAUCAGGCAAACGGCAUUAAGUUCAUGUGGAACGCGUGCUUCGAGAGUGUGAAGCGAAUCAAGAAAGAUAAAGGGUCUGGGUGUAUACUGGCGCACUGCAUGGGGCUCGGGAAGACCUUGCAGGUGGUGUCACUGACCCACACACUGCUGACCCACAGUUCCCUCACAGGGGUGAACCGAGUAUUGGUUGUGUGUCCGCUGUCCACAGUACUUAACUGGGUUAAUGAGUUCCGUAUAUGGUUGAAGCACACCGUGACUGACUAUGAAGUGGAUGUCUACGAGCUCUCUAGGUACAAGCAGAACUCGGAGCGCGCGUGGCAGCUGCAGCAGUGGGUGGCGGGCGGCGGCGUGUGCGUGCUGGGCUACGAGAUGUUCCGCAACCUGUCCGCCGACAACGGCAAGAAGUUCAAGAAGAAGAUGCUGCGCAGCUUCCAGGAGGCGCUCGUCGACCCCGGUCCGGACCUGGUGGUGUGCGAUGAGGGUCACCUGCUGAAGAACGAGAAGACCAGUCUAUCACAAGCCAUGAACCGCGUAAAGACCCUGCGUCGGAUCGUUCUCACCGGUACACCGCUACAGAAUAACCUCAAGGAGUACUAUUGCAUGGUACAGUUUGUGAAGCCAAAUUUGCUUGGGAAGUACAAUGAGUACUUGAAUCGUUUCGUGAACCCCAUCACCAACGGUCAAUAUACAGAUUCCACGGAGCAUGAUAUUAGGGUUAUGAAAAGGCGAUCUCACGUUUUGCAUAAAAUGCUUGAUGGAGCUGUGCAGCGGAGAGACUACGGGGUGCUGGCACCUUUCCUACCUCCGAAGCACGAGUAUGUCCUGUUCAUCACACUCUCGGAAGUUCAGAUUAAACUGUAUCAACACUACCUGGAUAAUUAUUCCAGACGACCUUUACCAGGCAAAUCUUCAGGAUUCCUUUUCCCUGACUUUCAAUCGUUACAAAGGAUAUGGACACAUCCUCUCGUUCUUAAAUACAACUCGGACAGAUAUGAAAUUAUGCAACAAAAAAAGAGGGAAAGAGAAGAAGAAGAAGAAGAUUCAGCGGGUUCUUUAAAUGACUUUAUAGAUGAUGAGUCUACACCCGAGGAAUCUUCAUAUGACGACUCGUCGGAUAGCCUAUCAGAUAUGAGUGAUGAUAGUAGAAAAAAAGAUAAAAAAAAGAAAGUGGGCAAAAAGAAUAAAGUAAAAGAUAAUAAAGUAACAACAAGACGGGGUACGAGGGCGAAUCCAGUGGAGGUGGAGGCGGAGGCGGAGGUGGAGGCGGAGGUGCGCGCUGAGAACCCGACGGAGUGGUGGAUGUCGCUGGUGAACGACGACGACCUCGAAGACCUGCGACACUCGCACAAGCUGGUGCUGCUGUUCGACAUACUGCGCCAGUGCGAGGCCAUCGGCGACAAGCUUUUGGUAUUCUCGCAGUCGCUAUAUUCGUUAGACCUGAUAGAACAUUUCUUGAGUAAGGUCGACGAAGCGACACAAGAGGGACGUGUUGAUGAAAAACUUAAUGGACAUGUUGGGUCGUGGUCGCCUGGUGUAGAUUACUUCAGAUUAGACGGCUCGACGUCGUGCGAGAAUCGAUCUAUUUGGUGCAAGAACUUCAACAGAGAAGACAAUCCUAGAGCCAGGCUGUUCCUGAUCUCAACACGGGCGGGCGGGCUGGGGAUCAACCUGGUGGCCGCCAACCGAGUGGUCAUCUUCGACGUGUCGUGGAACCCUUCGCACGACGUCCAGAGCAUAUUCCGCGUUUACCGCUUCGGGCAGAAGAAGCCCUGCUACAUUUACCGUUUCCUUGCUAUGGGCACGAUGGAGGAGAAGAUCUACGAGCGGCAGGUGACGAAGCAGGCGAUAUCGAAGCGCGUGAUCGACGAGCAGCAGAUCGACCGGCACUACGCGGAGAACGACCUGGCCGAGCUGUACAAGUUCGAGCCGCGGCCCGCCGCGCCGCGCGAGCUGCCGCCGCUGCCCAAGGACCGGCUCUUCGCCGAGAUGCUCAAGGAGCACGAGGCGCAGAUCUACAAGUACCACGAGCACGAUUCGCUCCUGGAGAACAAAGAAGAGGAGACUCUAACAGAGGAGGAGCGCAAAGCGGCCUGGGAGGACUUCGAGAACGAGAAGACGCGCCCGCCGCCCGCGCCCUUCUCGGCAUACGCGCUGCAGAACGGCAUGAUGCCGGGCCUGUUUGCCCAACAACAACAACAACAAAUGGCGUUCGCAGCACUGGCAGCGUUGCUGCGAAAGGACAUGCCCAACAUAACAGAGAAUCAGAUACGAGAUAUGAUGCCCUUGUUAUACAGUGCCAAUCCUGCGUUGAUGCAGAAAAUGGGAGAAAUGUACAAAUAUGCCAACCCAAGUAUGAUGAAUCCCGGAAUGAUGAAUCCAGUUAUGAAUCCAGCUGGAGGCGUGAGCGGCGGGCUGGCGCUGGGCGGCAGCAGCGGGCUGCAGUACGAGCCGCCGUGGCAGCGCCAGCAGCAGAUGCGCAUGCAGCAGCUGAUGCAGCACCAGAACAUGGGCGCGAAGUACUACGCGGGCGGGCUGGGCAGCCGCGACCCCGUGGCGAUGGCGCUGCAGCAGCGGCAGGCGCGCGAGAUGAUGCUGGGCGAGCGCUCGCGCCCGCGCGGCCGCCCGCCCGCCGCGCGCGCCGACCUGCCGCCCGCCGACGUCGUCGACCUCGACUCGGACUAG